AUGAAUAAAGAGACUGUGCCGAUGUUUAAGUUUAUAGUCGUAGGAGAUCAAUGUAAGUGGGUAUGUCAGACUUAGCUGUGGGCAAAAGUAGCUUUGUAAAAUAAUAUUCCGAAUCCAUUUUCAUAGAAACUCAUAAACCAACUAUAGGAGUAGAAUUUGUAAAAAAAAUGGUUGUUGUGGAUAAACGCAAGGUUGAGUUAUAGAUUUGGGAUACUGUAAUAUCAGGUCAUAUAAAAUAGGCUGGAUAAGAAUAAUUUCGUAGUAUGAUAAAGAGUUUUUAUCGUGGCGCAGCUGCAGUUUUUGUGUUAUACGGAGUAAAUCAAAGAGAUUCCUUCGAGAAAUUACAUGAAUGGUUACACGAAUUAUAGGAGAGUGCUCAUGAAGAAAUCGUUAAAAUUUUAGUAGGAAAUAAAUCGGAUUUAGAAAGAGACGUAUCAAAGAAAGAGGCAGAAAAAUUUAUGAAUGAUAAUAAUUUUAGUUUAUUUUUUGAGACUUCCGCCAAAACUGGAGAAAAUGUAGAAAAAGUAAAAAAUAGUGAUUCAUUUUUAAGGCUUUUGUAGAAGCUGUUAAACUGGUGAUUAUGCGUAUGUUUACAAGCGAAUCAUUUAAAAACUCAAUAAAAACAAUCAAAAAGACUCCUGCAAAUUCGAGACAAAAUACAAGUAGAAAUGAACCCAUAGAUGAUGUUGCUUAAUUAUCGAAACCUUUACAACUAUAAGUUACUCCAUAAAAUUAAUAAUAAUAAGAAAAGCAAUGCUGUUGA